AUGUCUCUCUUGUCAGUGGACUUCCUGUUAUUGGGGGAGGUUGCUCACGCAGGCGCGCAUGCCGUCCAGGCAGCAAGCCAUGUAGCUAACGCCAUUCUUAAUAAAGUUGUCCCGCCAUCAUUGGGACUUCGUUCAACUGGAGCCUCGAACGUCGUUGGUGGGGCCAAACGUGGCUUAAUCGGGUCAGAUCAGACUCCAGCAGGAUCAGAACAAGCUAGCGGAACAACCGAAGCCGCUAAUGGAGAAGGAUCAGUAGAACAAGCUGGCGGUGUACCUGCCACUGAUGGAGUACCUGGCCCUUAA